UCAGCUCUUUGUUCCAGUUUAGAGCAAGUAAGAAGUUUUUGCAUUCAGUUCUUUAGUUUGCGCCGAUAAGUGUGUUAGAACACAGUCAUUUCCGCAUGUAAACUUCAGCGCAACGGUGGAGCAUGUAAAAGGUGGAACAGGUAGGAGGAGGUGAGCUUAGACAUGGAUGGUGAGUGGAAGAGUGUAGCAGUGGCUCUGCUCUGUGCUGCCGGUGUCAGUGUUUUGCUGCUGAAAUGGAGAGAACAACAGAAGGUGAAGAGGAAACUGCAGAGAGCCAGAGAGAAGAGAGAGAAGGAGGUCGGACAGGCAGAGAAAGCCGUCAACCGCUUUAAGACUCAGAACGCUGGUGUUGAUUUUAGCUCCAUCGUGACUCUCUCACUGGCUGAACUGAGUCAGAAGAUCAGAGGAGGAUCUCUACAACCUGACGCUGUGCUCCAUGCCUACAUGGAGAAGGCCAUAGAGGUGCACAAGAAGUUAAACUGUGGCACUGCUGUCCUCACAGAGAGUCUGAAACAACUGGAAGACAUCGAGUCAUACAAAGACGGCCUUCUUUAUGGCAUUCCCAUCAGCAUCAAGGACAACGUGGAUUAUGAGGGUUACGACUCUACCUGUGGUGUACUGACUAAGCUUGAUGAUCCUGUCAUUAAGGACAGUGUGGUGGUUUCGGUACUGAAGAAGCAGGGUGCAAUCCCCUUCAUCAAAACUAACGUCCCUCAGGGUCUCCUCAACUAUGAAUGCAGUAACCCCAUAUACGGGAGGACGGUGAACCCCUGCAACCUCCAGAAGACCUGUGGAGGCUCUUCGGGUGGUGAAGGUGCUCUGAUCGCUGGAGGAGGAUCUAUUCUGGGGCUGGGAUCCGACAUCGGAGGAAGCAUCCGCAUCCCAGCAGCCUUCUGUGGCAUCUGCGGCUUAAAACCCACAAACAACAGGAUAAGCCUGCGUGGACUCUCUUCAUGUGUAAAAGGUGGAAAAACAGCCCUGUCAGCUGUUGGUCCCAUGGCCCGUGAUGUGGAGAGUCUGGCUCUGUGUAUGAGAGCUUUACUCUGCACCGACAUGUUCACUCUGGACCCUACGGUUCCUCCGAUACCGUUCAACCAGCAGGUAUACGAGAGCUCGGAGCCCCUGAGGAUCGGUUACUAUGAGAACGACGGGUACUUUCAGCCGUCUCCGAGCAUGAGCAGAGCUCUACGAGAGACCAGAGAGCUCCUGGAACAAGCAGGACACACGCUAAUUCCAUUCAAACCUCCUCACAUGUUCACUGCCUUCACCGAGUAUGUUGCGAGGGGAAACCUGGCAGAUGGAGGUGCUACUCUUUUAGAGCACCUUAAGCAUGGUCCUGUCGAUCCGUGUCUACAGCAUCAGGCUUCACACUACGGUCGUCCAGUGUUUAUGAAGAAAAUGAUCUCUCUGCUCCUUCGACCUAUUUAUCCACGCAUUGCUGCACUUAUGAACGCCACCUGUGGAGUCAGCUCUCCAGUCGAUCUGUGGAAACAGCACAAAGCAGUUGAGGUUUAUAUCCAGGAGACGUUGUCUCAGUGGGAGAAGCUGGAGCUGGAUGUCCUCCUCUGCCCCAUGCUGGGACCAGCUUAUAACUUCAACUACACCGGAAAACUAAGCAGUGCUCUGACUUACACCGCUUUGUACAACGUGCUCAACUUCCCUGUUGGAGUCGUUCCUGUCACCGUGGUCACGGAUGAGGAUGAAGAAGAGCUAAAACACUACACUGGGAACUACGGAGACGUCUGGGACAAGACCUUUAUCAAGGCCAUACGAGGCGGUGUGGGUCUGCCGGUAGCGGUGCAGUGUGUGGCUCGACCCUGGCAGGAAGAGAUGUGUUUACGGCUUAUGAGAGAAGUGGAAAAGCUCUGUGCGGAGAACAAGCACUCAAAAACACACCACUAAGGGUCUUAGUCUAGGGCCUGUUCUCAGCUUGGCAGAACAGCUUAACCCAUGACCCACCACCAACAGUGUAUGUGUAGACAACCUUGUGGUGUUAUCUGUGAAGCUACAGUAUAUCUGCUUAACUUGUUAAUAAUAAAUAAAAACUGACCCUUGCAUAAACUAAAGUCUUUUUACAAAAAAAGAAAGAAAGAAAGAAAGAAAGAAAUCAACGUUUAUCCAGUCUGCUUUCAUGUUUAUGAUUUAUUUAACUGAUUAUUUGAUCGUGUAGUUCACCCUCUGUACAGGUCCAGGAAAAUGAGCUGUUAUUAUAGAACAAAACAUACAGUAUGCGUUAAUAUAAACCUGUCACUGUUGUUAAAGACAGAACAACCUCUGGAGUUAAGAUUUAAUAUGGUGUAACAAAUUCCAGUACAGAGCUGUUGAUGUGUAAAUGGUGUGUGUUUGAUGGUCCAACACCUUUUACUUUUUAUUCCCUUAUUGAUCCUCAUUAGCAGAUCAGAACAGAUGAAAUUUACCUCUCAUUGAGUCUUUUUUUAUUAUUAAAACGUGAAUAUUCACUAUGAAUAUUGUUUUUUUUUUGCGCUAUUAUUUUAAUCAAGCCAUGUAUAACUAUCCUGAAAAAAAAUUCUCCUUAAUGUCUCUAAAGCAUUAAAACAAGCUUAUGUUUUACA